CCCGCCAAUAGGGGGGAAGUCCGACCAUAAGAAAGCAGAAAAAGGGGAACUUAAUGAAGCUGUUAAACUUUUUGAAUCCGAUCCGUACGGCUGCAACUCAAAAAAACUUCAAGAAAAACACGCAGAGCGCUAUCCUUUCAUGCGAACUAUACCUUACACCUUUUCCUGCCCUGAAGUCGCUCCCCUCUUGGAGUACUGCGAGAGUACCAUUUAUCCAGAUCCGUUACCAUGGGACUCCCAUUGAUACGUGAGAAUAAUACCGCACCAUGAAGAAUGAGGCUUGCUUGCGUCAGUCCAAGAAGAAGGGACCUAGCCAAUAUAUGAGUCGAGCAUCUGCAAUAUAUCGCUUACUAAUCUCAAUGCAUGGCAUUGAAUUGCACCUCCGCCCUUGUCUCUGAAUAUUUUUACCUGCAAGAAGUUAGGAGACCUUUGCAAUUCAUCCACCGAAAAAUCCUGUUCCUCCUAUUCCUUCUGCCUUUUUUUCUUUGUCGCCGA